CAAGCUUUAAAACUUGGCAUUAUCAAGGAAGGGACUAUAAUAAAAUACAAUACGGCAAUCGUUAAGGUCUCCGUAAAAAAUAAAUCUGCGACCUUGUUCUACGAAAAUAAAUCUUAUGAAUCAUUUUACCAGUUCCUUAUCGCCGUUAAUGGGCCUGGACAAUACAAGAGACUUAUCAUUGACGGAGUUUCGUAUCAUACUUUUCUUGAACAUUCAAGCAUGUCUUCCGAUAAUACUCUACCAUCAACCACAACAUUACCUGGUAACUCAACAAGUAAUAUUGAUGACAUUCUCCUUACCGAGAUCACUGGAUACUUUGUUGACCGCGGUUUUCAACUGAGUCUUGUUAGCUCCUUUCUAGCGAGGAAUUCUCGUCUUGACUUCAAGACUAAUGAGGAAAUUAUGUUUGACUUUCUUAACGAACGCGAACAACUGGAUCCGAAAAUUUUUAUUGGCAUUGAGGGAAGUGAAGGUGUGGAGUCAGGUGAAGAUAAGGAAUUACUUAUGAAAUGGGGUCUUAUAGAGGAGGCUACAAACGAACUACGUGAUAGUGUGCGUGAUGAUGCCGUUUGGUCUCAGCGGGUUUUAAAACAUUGGUUACUUGAUUGGAUAUACAAUUUGGGGGGUUCAUUUACUCAGAUGAGUUUUGACAAAAUUUUUUAUGAUCCACAAUUUCAACGCAAUCAAUGGUAUAGUUAUGAAAGAAAAGGUGAACCACAAAUUUUUGCCUCAUCCUAUGAAGAAAUUGCCACUAUCGGAGAGGAAGCUUUAUUGAGGUGCAAUACAAAAGUCUCUAAUCUAAUUAACAGUAACUUCAAAGCUUUCUUUCAUGCGACAAAUUAUCAAAGUGCACAAUCAAUUAGUAAGAAUGGAAUCAAACUUGACUAUUGCAGGUCCAGGCUUGAUUUUGGAUACCUUCAAAGUUUUUACCUGAAUCCAUCGUUUGAUAAUGCAAUUAGCUUCGUUAAGAAUAAUGUGGGAUUUAAUGGAAUUGUUGUAUAUUGGGUUGAUAUGGAAAAAGCAAAAAGCAUGAGAUAUCGGGAUUUAGUUCCAGAUGAGAACUUAUGGAGAGAGGUAGUGGUUUCGUCGAGGUGUGGACAAUAUUCAGUAGUAGAUGAUGAUGAUUUUGUUCACGGAUGUCAGUUGUCAAAUCCAAGACAAAUUCUUUCUUCCUGGAGUACAUAUGGUGGAGCGGAUGUUGAGGAUUCGUGGUGGAAUCUCAUUCCCAUGGCCAGAUGGUUUGAGCCUAUUCGCCAUCUUCAACUUGCUGUAAAGACUG